AUCACAGAAUAAUUUAGCAUUGUGAAUUACCUUGUGACUGGAAAACAUAUCCCAAUCUGUGCAACUUAAAGUUUUUGUAAAAUUGUCCUUCCAAUAAAUACUUCCACUGAGCAAAUAAAUAUAUUGGCAUAGACAAAAAAAAUGCAAUACAAUCUCUAUUUUGAACAUUUGUUGUGUGUUUGCAGAGUUGAAAUGGAACAUUCAACAUCAAAAGAAACUGACAACAGAGAAUCAACAGACACGUCGAUCUCAGCCGAGAAUUAAACAUGCAGCAACAGGAGAUCAGGACUGAUUUGGAAGCUUUUGAGGCAAAACUUUCAUGGGAAGACAUGGUCGAACUUAACAUCCAAGUUGACUAUGAUGCCAUUAUUUUCCCCAUGGAUAGUAAUGCAGGAACAUCUUCUGCCGGAUUUGAGAUUUCCCCUUCAGGGGGAGCCCAGCAGGUAACGUCUUCUGCCGGAUUAAAGAUUUCUCCCUCAGGGGAAGCACAACAGGUUACAUCUGCCGGAUUAGAGAUUUCCCCAUCAGGCGAAGCACAACAGGUAACAUCUGCUGGAUUAAAGAUUUCCCCCUCAGGGGAAGCACAACAGGUUACAUCUUCCGGAUUAGAGAUUUCCCCGUCAGGGGAAGCACAAAAGGUUACAUCUUCUGGAUUAGAGAUUUCCCCAUCAGGGGAAGCACAACAAGUAACAUCUUCUGCCGGAUUAAAGAUUACUCCCUCAGGGGAAGCACAACAGGUAACAUCUGAUGGAUUAGAGAUUUCCCAGUCAGGGGAAGCACAACAGGUUACAUCUUCUGCCGGAUUAGAGAUUUCCCCGUCAGGGGAAGCACAACAGGUUACAUCUUCUGCCGGAUUAGAUCAUUCUCUCUCAGUAGAAGACCAGCAGGAUUCAAAUUCCUUUGCUGACUCAUUGCUGGUCAACUCAGUGCAAAUCCACCAAGCAGGCAACCCAUUUCCAGUUUUUCUUCCUAUUCCUUCAACCAGUCUGGCACCAGGCUCAUACCAGCAUUUCCAGUGUGGUUACUCAAACAGGGAGUUGACACAGGCCUUUUCUAGAUAUGAAGCCCCCCACUGUCCACAACCCAAGCGGAGUAGAAAUCCCAACAAUAUCUCGGCAUUUAACCACUAUUCUAAGUACAUUGAACAGGCUACCAAACAUAUCACCAGUCUCACGAAGCAAGUGGAUGACCUUAAGAAGCACCUCCAACGUAAAACUUUUGAUCUUGAUGAGGAGAGAGAACAAAGAAUCAGAGUUCAAGUAGAAUGCACAUCCUACCUGAAAAAGAUCAUGGAACUGGAGGAAACUUUAGAGAAUGAACGCCACACAAAAGCCAAAUGUGAACAGAAAGAGGAGGAGCAAGAAAGAUCCGUUGCGGAGGACAUUCCCAAAGCAGCAAUUUAUGAGGACCUUCUUAAUGAGCUCAAUUUCCUAAAGAAGCAAGCUGAAAAACAUGACUUGAACAAUGCAAUACUGGAAGAAGCUUUGGUAGAAGAACGCCAACUAAGACUGAAAUGUGAGGACAAGCUCAAGAAUUACCUUGAGCUUGACACCAAAUGCAAGGAACAGGAGAAAAAAAUCCAAUCUAUGCAAAGUUACAUUGUAAAUCUGACUGUAGAGCUUAACCUUGCUUCAAAAGAUGACGAUUACAAAGUUCCCUCUCGAAAACACUUCUCUAAUCGAUCAGAGGUCUCCACGCCAUCAGAGGUCUCCACGAAAUCACAGAUCUCUUCCCCAUUAGAGGUCUCCAUGCCAUCAGAGGCCUCAACACAAUUACAGGAGUCCAUCGUAACAAGCCACCAUGCAAACACACGACUUCAUACAAUUAGUGGCUCCCAGCAACAGAAAAGCCACCACCCAAAUGGAAGCUUGAAUGGAAACAAAAGAAUUCCACCUUACAGAGGCCCCCAGGGAAACCCAGUGUUUAACGCAAACCAAGGUUUCUAUCCCAACCCCAACCACUAUUCAAACCCAGGCCAUCACCCAAACCCACGGCGGUAUCCAAACUCAGGCUCAUAUGCAAACCCAGGCCUAUACCCAAAUACUGGCUUCAAUAGAAACAGAAGACAUCCCACCAAAUAGAGCUAAAUACCUAUGAGGUGCUAAGUAACAAUAAUGAACAUUAAAAAAAGAUAUUAAGAACACAAACACACACACACAAGUUUCUUUCUAUAUUUGAUUGUCCUAUAUCUUGUCUUUUGAACUUUAUAUCACAACUGUCGUAAAUAAACUUUUCAGACUAA